GUACUAAAUAGCAUGCUAUUCACACUACCCGUUGAAGGACAUUGUAAAAAAUAACAUGUAGGCCAUUUGGCCAAGACUUUGUGAUUUUCUGAAAUUUCACUUCAGACUUUUUACAGCAUAUCACUUAUGUAAAUCAUGAAUGGUGCAAUUUACAAAAGGAAAUUAUUCCUGGAAAAAUGUUUUGUUGAAUGAGAUUUUCUAAGUUGAUAGGGUUGAGGUAAAUCCAUUUAUGUUUUUUACAAUGUCUUUCUACUGACAGUGAGAUGUGUGCUGUUUGUUAUACUGUAAUGAAAAAAUAGAAAUCAAAGACGUGCCCCAGAGUUAGUGACAUUAUUACAAAAAAUAUAUUGAACAUUUAUAAAUCAAGGAAUACUUCCUUUCCACAGGCAUUGACUGUGCCUCUCCCUGACAAGGAUAUGUAUCAGUCCCUAUAUAUCUCCAUCCCCCACCAGGAAGGUCUCAAAGCUCUCCACGUCUUUUUGGAUUCCAGACCUAACCAGUUCCCCUCUACCACCACUCUCGUUUGUCUAACAGAAUUAGUCCUUACUCCUAACAAUUUCUCCUUUGGCUCCUCCCACUUCCUCCAAACUAAAGGUGUAGCCAUGGGCACCUGUAUGGGUCCCAGCUAUCCCUGUCUUUUUGUUGGCUUUGUGGAACAAUCCAUGUUCCAAGCCUAUACUGGUAUCUGUCCCCCUCUUUUCCUUUGCUACAUCGACGACUGCAUUGGCACUCCUUCCUGCACGCAUGCUGAGCUCGUUGACUUAAUUAACUUGCCUCCAACUUUCACCCUGCCCUCAAGUUUACCUGGCCCAUUUCUGACACCUCCCUCUCCUUUCUUGAUCUUUCUGUCUCUAUCUCUGGAGACAGCUUAUCUACUAAUGUCUACUAUAAGCCUAUGAACUCUCUCAGCUAUCUGGACUAUUCCUCUUCUCACCCUGUCUCUUGCAAAAAUGCCAUCCCCUUCUCGUAAUUCCUCCGUCUCCGCUGCAUCUGCUCUCAGGAUGAGGCUUUUCAUUCCAGGACAAAGGAGAUGUCUUCCUUUUUUAAAGAAAGAGGCUUCCCUUCCUCCACCAUCAACUCUGCUCUUAAACGCAUCUCUCCCAUUUCACGCACAUCUGCUCUCACCCCAUCCUCCUGCUACCCCACUAGGAAUAGGAUUCCCCUUGUCCUAACCUACCACCCCACCAGCCUCCGGGUCCGACGGAGAAUUCUCCUUAACUUCCGCCACCUCCAAUGGAAUCCCACCAACAAGCACAUCUUUCCCUCCCACCCCCCCCUUCUGCUUUCCGCAGGGAUCGCUCCCUACGUGACUCCCUUGUCCACUCGUACCCCCCAUCCCUUCCCACCGAUCUCCCUCCCGGCACUUAUCCUUGUAAGCAGAACAAGUGCUACACGUGCCCUUACACUUCCUCCCUCAUCACCCUUCAGGGCCCCAGACAGUCCUUCCAGGUGAGGCAAAACUUCACCUGUGAGUCGGCUGGGGUGAUAUACUGCGUCAGGUGCUCCCGGUGUGGCCUUUUAUAUGUUGGUGAGGCCCGACGCAGGCUGGGAGAGUCUUUCACUGAACACUUAUGCUCUGUCCGCCAGAGAAAGCAAGAUCUCCCAGUGGCCACACAUUUUAAUUCCAGGCCCCAUUCCCAUUCUGAUAUGUCUAUCAACGGCCUCCUUUACUGUCAAGAUGAAGCCACACUCAGGUUGGAGGAACAAUACCUUAUAUUCCGUCUGGGUAGCCUCCAACCUGAUGGCAUGAAUAUUGACUUCUCUAAUUUAUGUUAAUGCCCCUCCUCCCCUUCACACCCCAUCCCUUAUUUGUUUAUUUAAUAAUUUUUAAUAGUUUUUAUUUUUCCCCCUUUUUUUCUCUCUUUCUUUCUCCCUCUGUCCCUCUCACUAUAACUCCUUGCCUCUCACUAUAACUCCUUGCCUGCUCUCCAUCCUCCGGGCUCCCCUUCCCCAAGCUUCCCGUCCCAUGAUCCUCGUAUCCCUUUUGCCAAUCAACUUUCCAGCUCUUAGAUCCACCCCUCCCCUCCUGUCUUUUCCUAUCAUUUCGGAUCUCCCCCUCCCCCUCCUACUUUCAAAUCUCUUACUAUCUCUUCUUUCAGUUAGUCCUGACAAAGGGUCCCAACCCGAAACAUCGACUGUACCUCUUCCUAGAGAUGCUGCCUGGCCUGCUGCGUUCUCCAGCAUUUUUUGUGUGUGUUGCUUGAAUUUCCAGCAUCUGCAGAUUUCCUCGUGUAUAUGAACCAGAUAUGUUUGUUUGGUUUCACUCCUGUGGAUAUUCUGUUAGUAUACCUUAGUGUUCGUAAAGGACUUGUUAUAUUUUUAUUAACAAUCCAGCAUAGUUCAAUUUCUUUCUAUAGAUGUUAUACAGUAUUGUACGUUGAGCCUACUAGGGGAGCAGCUAUACUGGAUUGGGUGUUACGUAAUGAACCGGAGAUGAUUAUGGAGCUUGAGGUCUCUGGAUUUUUUCUGGCUGAAAAAGAGAAGUUGGUGGCGUCAGCGGGAAUGAGAUUGUAACACCAGAAUAACUCCUGAGAGAAUAUUAGCUUCCAAGAAGCCGAGGGGAAGCUUGCUCUAUUUUUUUGGCAAUGUUUGGUCAACUUGAUAAGGAGAUCAGAAAACAGGCCAUGGCGAUAGCUGCUGAACUAUCCCAAGAGGAAAGUGCUAUCAUUGUGUUUCUGUGCACAGAUUUUGUCGAAGGGUACUCAGUGACUGGGGAAGUGAAAGAACUGUUUGAAAUUCUGAGCAAGCGGAACCUGCUGAGGCUUGAUCUUCUGAUUGAACUGCUUUAUCGGAUAAGGAGGCUUGAUAUCCUGAAGAAAAUGAAGGUAGACCUAAUGCAUCUGGAGAAUAAUUUGAGAGCUGGUAAAGGACGCGUGUCUACAUACAGACAACUGCUGGUGGACAUCAGUGAGGACCUCUCGCAAGAAGAUUUGAGAUCGAUCUUAUUUUUAUUGAGUUGUCAAAUUCCAAAAGGCCGCCUGGAAACAGUGAAGACUUUCUUAGAUUUGGUUGUUGAACUGGAGAAAUCUGGCAAAAUUGAUGAGAAUAAUUUGGCUGUGGUGGAAGAUUGCCUUACCAAUAUUCGGAGAAUCGAUCUGAAAAAGAAGAUCACAAAAUACAAGCAGAUGCGUGAACGUAUGAGCCCUGUAAGAAGGUCAGAUGCCUAUCAGAACGUCAUUCCUGUUUCUGUUCCCCAGCAGGAGUGUGGAUUUGGUCCAGAGCACUUUGAACAACUUGGGAUGAGAAGCAGUGUGCAGCCUGUGAUUACAAACCAGUUAUUGAGACAACAUAUUCCCUCCAAUUGCCCAAGGUUAACAAUAACCUUAUCUGAGGAGCCUAACGUGACAGAACUGAGCAGUCCAGUGCCUGAGUCAGCACAGCCCACUGCUCCAAGAGCAAGCUAUGUGGUCCAGCAGGUAGCGAACGGACUGGAAACUUACAAGAUGCAGAGUAACCCAUUUGGCCUUUGUUUAAUCAUUGACUGUAUUGGAACUGAUGCAGGUCUGUUAAAGGAGACAUUUGAGGCACUACAUUUCAGUGUCGUCCUCCAUCUCUACGUUGAGCUGAACGAGGUGGAAAAGAUUUUGAAAGAAGCAUCAGAGCGGGAUGAUCUAGGCGCCCUUGACUGCUUUGUUUGCUGCAUUAUCAGCCGUGGCACGCAGGAUUGCAUCCUUGCAGUUGAUGGGAAUGACCCUGGACUUCCCUUUAAGCAAAUCCAGCACUAUUUCAAAGGGCAGCAAUGCCACUCCCUCUUGGGCAAACCUCGGCUCUUCUUUGUUCAGGAUUUCCUCAGAACUGCAGCGAAUGGCGAAUUGGAGCUGUCCAGUGCCCAGAGUAAUGGAGACCUAAUUCAAGUUGAUGGCAAUAACUGCGAGGAAAUAGUUCCUCAGGAAGCAGACAUCCUGUGGUGUUGCUGCCAGAUUUCUCAGAGCCUACUUCACCAAGCACCUCAACAGCCAUCCUCCUUCAUGCGCACUCUGUCAGAGUAUCUGUGGAAGUAUCGACACAGGUCGGACUUGAUUUCAAUCCUUACCGAGGUGAAUAGGAAGACGAUGUUAAGAAAUGAGCAACUGAGCCAACAGCAGGCCACGCCUCUCAUCCUGCAGCACACUCUGAGGAAGCAGCUCAUCUUUCCCUGAAUGCCACCGCAAACCUACAUACGCUCUGUAGUCUGCAUUAGGAAAUAUAUCAAGCGCUCAAGACCACUGACCAGAUGAAAGUCUAUUGACAGUCUGUUACCAGAACAACCUUUCCAACGUCUAUAAGCUGUGAUACCUGGGUACUUGGAGCAAGAGGGGUGGUGCACAUCCUCAUGUCCAAGAGAGAUACUUGUAUCAUUGUGCGCUCUCGGCCAGUGAGGUAUGCAAGAGACUGGAGGGGUAUCAAAGCUAGCAGGAAGAUCCUGAUUGCUAAGAGAGGGGUCUAGGUGGAGAAAGUGGGCUUGGGCUUAGAGGCUUGGCACAGUGCAGCACGGGGUAGAGCUCAACGUGUGGGUUGGUAGAUUGAUAGCCCAGACCAAAUUGCUCCUGGUGUGGAGGUGACUGGUAGAAUCUGGCAGGGAAUUGAUGUGGAUGUGGGUAGAUGAGGUUACAGGGAAAGAUAAUGUGGGUAUGUGAAUGUGCUGUGAGCCAGUGUAAACUCAGUGGACUGUAUGGUCAUAACUAUGUCAUAACUUAAGAAAGAAAUCAGGAGGGCUAAAAGAAGGCGGGAGGUCAUUUUAGCAGACAAGGCAAAGGGGUUCUACACAUAUGUUGAGAGCAAAAGGAUUGCAAGGGUCAAAAUUGGACCUCUGGAAGAUCAGAAUGAUAAUCUAUGUGUGAAGCCAAAUGAGAUGAGGGAGUUCUUAAGUGGAUUUUUUUGCAUCAGUAUUUACUCGGCAGAUGGACACAGAGUCUAUGGAAGUGAGGCAAAGCAGCAGCAAGGUCAUGUGCCUUAUACAGAUUACAGAGGAGGAGGUGUUUGCUGUUGAGGCAAAUCAGGUGGCCAAAUCCCCAGGGCCUGACAGGGUGUUCCCUCGGACCCUGAGGGAGGCAACUGCAGAAAUUGAAGGGGCCCUAGCAAAGAUACUUAAAUCAUUCUCAGUGAUAUAUGAGGUGCUGGAGGACUGGAGGAUAGUUAAUGUUGUUCCACUGUUUAAGAAAGACUCCAGGAAUAAACCAGGAAAUUAUAAACUAGUGAACCUGACAUCAGUAGCAGGAAAGAAAGUAUUCUAAGGGACCAGAUAUGAGUUUUUGGAUAGACAGGGACUGGUUAAGGAUAGUCAGCAUGGUAGAUCAUAUCCUACCAAUCUUAGAGUUUUUGAGGAAGUUACCUGGAAAGUUGAUAAAGGUAAGGCAGUGGAUGUUGUUUACAUGGACUUCAGCAAGGCAUUUGACAAGUUCCCGCAUGGAAGGUUGGCCAAGAAGGCUCAGUCGCCUGGCAUUCAUGAUGAGGUAGUAAACAGUACUAAAUGUUUGUUUUGCGGGAGAAGGUAUAGAGUGGUAGUAGAUGGUUGCCUGUCUGACUGUGACUGGUGGUGAGCCGCAGGGAUUAGUGCUGGUUUUGAUGUUGUUUAUCAUCAAUAUUAAUAUUCUGGAUGGUAAUAUAGUUAACUGGAUCAACAAAUUUGUGGAUGACACCAAGAUUAGGGGAUGUAGGGACAGCAAGGAAGACUAUCAAAGCUUGCAGCGGAAUCUGGACCAACUGGAAAAAUGGCAGAUGGAAUUCAAGGCAGACAAGUGUGAGGUUUUACACUUUGGGAGGACCAACCAGGGUAGGUCUUGCACAAUGAACAGUAGGGCACUGAGGAGUGUGGUAGAACAAAGGGAUCUGAGAAUACAGGUCCAUAAUUCAUUGAAAGUGACAUCACUGUUAUGUUGAAUUUUUAUAAGACAUUGGUGAGGCCUAAUUUGGAGUAUUGUGUGCAUUUUUUUGGUCACCUACCUGCAGGAAAGAUGUAAAUAAAAUUGAAAGAGUACAGAGAAAAUUUACAAGGAUGCUGAGUUAUAAGAAAAGACUGAAUAGAUUAGAACUUUAUUCCCUAGAAAGAAGAAGAUUGAAGGGAGAUUUGAUAAAGGUACAAAGUUAUGAGGGGUAUAGAUAGGGUAAGUACAAGUAGGCUCUUUUGGGUUGACCACAAGUAGGGGUCAUGGGUUAAAGGUGAAAUUUUAAGAAGAACAUUAGGGGAAACUUCUUCACUCAGAGGGUGGUAAGAGUGUGGAAUGAGCUACCAGCGCAAGUGGUGGAUGUGAUUUUGAUUUCAAUAUUUAAGGGAAGUUUUGGAUAGGUUCGUAGAUGGGAGGGGUAUGGAGAGCUAUGGUCCAGGUGCAGAUUGAUGGGACUAGGCACUUUAAGUAGUUCAGCACAGACUAGAUGGCCGAAGAGCUUGUUUUUGUAAUGUAGUUUUCUAUGAUUCUCUGAGGAAAUAAGCAUCAUUGAAUGCACUCUUCCAGUUUUUUCUGCUACAUCAUAAACUUAAUGCUUUCUCCUUAUUCUAUAUUUGAAUAAUUUUUUUUAUCAUUUUAAGUAGUUUUGCAAUAGUUACUGUCAACAUCGGACUUUUCAGGUUCAGCCUGAAACCUCUUUCAAUAUUUUUAUUAAUAUUAUAUAAAUUGCAUGAAUACAAAUACAACAUUCAUAAGGAUACAAGUAAUUUGAAUUACAUUACAUUUAAGUCACAGUAAUAUGAUCACAGUAUCCCAUAUUCCAAAUCAAUCAUGUAGAAAAAAAGAUUGAAUUAUGAAAUGAAAUAAGAUAAAAUAAUUUUAUUUUAUUAAAAAAAUCUUACCCCCACUUCUUCUUUGUCUUGUUUUACGGCAGUUGGCACCCAGCUUAAUGGUGCAUUACUGCCACCUUCUGCUCCUGAGUGUGCAAUAGACUUGCAUUCUAAAUCCCUUCACACAAUCACACACACACACACACACACACACACACACAUACCCUAAUUUACACUUUAUCCUCCCACCUUUGGCCAUCCUAGUACCCUAUUCCUGUUUAUCUGCCAUAUCCUAUUUUAAAAAAAAAACCCUGUACCCCUUAAGAAAGAUAAAAAUACCCUAAUGUACCCCCACUACCAAAAUGAGCUGGUUGGUGGAAAAAAAAUACCUUGCCAUUUAAUAUUAUAAUAAUGGCUCAGAUCUAUACUUUAAUAACAGUUCAAAGAUUAUGAAAAUAACUCAGAAAGGGUCCCCAUAACAUUAGAAAAUCCUGUUUAGAAUCAGAAAUCGAACAACAAAUCUUCUGUAGAUCAAGGCAUAACAUAACAUCAGAUAGCCAUUGAACACGAGUGGGCGGGGCAGCCUCCUUCCACUUGAGCAAGAUCACCCUCCUGGCCAUAAGAGACAUAAAGGCCAAUACCCGCAAAUUAGAUGGCUUCAAUUUUGUAGCACUAUCCUCAACAAUACCAAACAGGGCAGUCAAAGGAUUGGACUUAAAGCUGACAUUGAAAAGUGCAGAAAAAAUUUGAAAUACAUCUUUCCAGAAUUUUUCAAGGCUCGGACAUGUCAAAAACAUAUGAAUUAGUGUGGCCACUCCAUUAGUACAUCUAUCACAGUAAGGGGAAAUAUCUGCGGUAAAUGAGAGAGCUUGUCUUUAGACAUAUGAACUCUAUGUACCGCUUUGAAUUGUAAUAAAGAAUGACAAGCACAUAAUGAUGGAAGAAUUAAUCAAUUUUAAAAUAAUCUUCCAGCUCUCUUCAGAUAAGAAAAUCUGUAAAUCCUUUUCCUAGUCUCCUUUCAUUUUACCUAAAGAGGCCUUUUUCAGUCCCAACAGUAGACCAUAAAUGUAAGAUAUUGAACCGUUGUCAAAGGGUCUCAAAUUUAAAAUUGUAUCUAUUAUAUUCUUAUCUGGACUUGUAGGAAAUGUAUGUAAUUGAGAUCUUAAAAAAUCUCUAAUCUGUAAGUAUCGAAAAAAGUGCGUAUUGGAAAGGUUCAAUUUCGUUGAAAGUUACACAAAAGAAGAGAGAUUCCCUCCAUCAAACAAAUCCUGAAAUUGUUUUAAUACCCAAUCUAUCCCAUUCUUUAAAAGAUAAGUCAAUUAAAGAUGGUUUAAAAAAACAAUUAGAAAAGAUGGGACUCGAGAGGGAGAAUCUCAAUUAACCAAAAUAUUUUCUAAACUGUAACCAAAUCCUCAAAGUAUGUUUGACCACCACAUUGUCAGUUAGUUUAUUUAAAGAUAAAGGAAGCGAGGAUCCAAGUAAAGAAAUAAUGGAAAAUGUCAUAACAGAGUUGACUUCCAAAGAAACCCAUAUAGGGUAUUUCUCAUGGUUAAUGUAAUAUAUUCAGAACGUAAUAUUUCAUAUAUUAACUGCCCAAUAAUAUAACCUAAAAUUGAGUAAGGCAAAGCCUCCAUUCUGUUUGGUUUUUUGAAGGUAAGCUUUAUUUAUUUGAGAUUUUUUAUUCUUCCAUAUAUAAGAAGAAAGAAUUGAAUCCAAAGAGUCAAAAAAAGAUUUAGGAAUAAAAACAGGCACAGCUUGAAAAAGGUGUAUAAAUUUGGGUAGGAUACUCAUUUUAAUAGUAUUAAUUUGGCCAAUCAGUGAUAAAGAGAGGUGACCAAUUAAAAAGUUUUUUAUAACAUAAUUCAUUAAAGUUAAAGAAUUUUCCUUAAAUAAAUCUUUAUAAUUCUUAGGAAUUGUUACUCCUAAAUACAUAAAUCAUUUUCUUAAAAUUUUGAAAGGAAGGUUAAUAUCGGUAUUAAAUUGUUUAAAGGAAACAGUUCACUCUUAUGUAAAUUUAAUUUGUAUCCUGAGAACUGACUAAAAUUAGUCAGUAAAUGGAACACAAAUGAUAGAGGUUGUAACAUUAGAUAUAAAAAGCAAUAAGACAUCAGCAUAGAGUGACACUUUAUGAAUAGUACCUCUCCUUAAAAUACCAGUAAUCUCUUUAGACUCUCGAAAAGCAAUAGCUAAGGGUUCUAAUACCAAAUAAAAAAGCAGAGGGCUCAAAGGACAAUGUUGUCUAGUCCCACGUUGGAGUUUAAAGGGUUUAGAAUUCUGAAGAUUAGUAAGGACACUAGCGGAGGGAAAUAAAUAAAGUAAUUUAAUCCAAUGAAUAAAAUUAGGUCCAAAAUUAAAUUUUUCUGAGGAUGUAAAAAGAUAAUUCCAUUCAACUCUGUCAAAGGCCUUCUCCGCAUCCAAAGAUAUCACACAUUCUGAUAUUUCCUUAGAUGGAGAAUGCAUAACAUUUAACAAAUGCCAUAUAUUAAAAUGGGAAUAUUGAUUUUUAAUAAAUCCUGUCUGAUCAUCUGAAACUAUAGAAGAUAUAUUUUCAAGUCUGCAAACCAACACUUCACUCAAUUUUGAUGCUAAAAUUUUAUCUAAAGAGAUAGGUCUAUACAAAGAACAUUCAGUAAGAUUCUUAUUCUUUUUGAGAAUGAGCAAAAUGGAAGCUUUGUAAAAAGAGUGCGGUAAUCUUCCUACCUUAAAGGAAUCUGUAAGGGUAGAACAUAAGUGUGGUAUAAGUAAGGAGGAAAAAGUCUUAUAGAACUCUCCAAAGAAUUCACCGGGUCCUGGGGAUUUCCCAGAAUGAAUUCUCGUAUAGCCUGAGCAAUUUCCUGCUGGGAAAUGGGUUGAUCCAAUUGCCUACGACCAUCUAUCAAAAGAUUAGGAGUAUUUAAUUGAUCUAAAAAAUUAUUCAUUGCAAUAUUAUCAUUAACAGAGUCAGAAUUACACAAUUUGGAAUAAAAUUCCCUAAAAGUGUCAUUAAUUUCAAAGUGGUCAGUUGUCAUGUCCCCAUUAAUUUUAUGUAUUUCUUUAAUUUGCCGCUUGGCUUCAAUUGAUUAGCCAGUAGGUUACCAGUUUUAUCUCUGAAUAUAAAAUUGACUUCUAUCUUUUAAAAGCUGGCUUUCAAUUGGAUACGUUAAAAGAAGAUCAUAUUUAGUUUUGGUUUCAAUACGUCUCUUGUAUAUUUCAGGAUCGGAUACCGGAGCAUAUUUAUGGUCCAGUUGUUUUAACUGAUUAGCUAGUUCGUUUCUCUCUUUGUUAACUUUUUUAAUAAUGUUUGCAGUAUAAGAAAUAAGUUGACCCCGGAUAUAUGCUUUAAAAGUAUCCCAUAUAAUAAGACUAGACGUCUCUUCCAAUGUACUUCCUUCAAAAAAAAGAGUAAUUUGAAUCUCCAUAAAUUUUAAAAAACCCUCAUCGGAUAACAGAGUUAAAUUAAAUUUCCAAAAUCGACUUAUAGGGUUAGGACCAAGAAGAUUUAAAGAUACAAGUACAGGAGAGUGGUCAGAAAUAGCAAUCUCUUUAUAUUUGAUCGAUUGAACCAAUGGAAUCACUUGACUGUCAAUAAAAAAAAAUAAUCACUCCUGGUAUAAGAAUGAUGGACAUGAGAGAAAAAAGAAUACUCCCUGUACGUCGGAUGAAGAAAAUGCCAAGAAUCAACUAAAAAAAUUUAUAUAUAUUCUUAACACUUUAUUUUUUCUUAUUAUUAUUGAUAUAGUUUAGCUUUGUUAAUCAGUUAUUUGGUAAUUUGAUUCCUCAUUGUAUAA